ACGGUUUUUCGGGAAAUGACACAAAUCAAUGACGUUUGGCAGCUCUUAACUUGUGUUUAUCUAUGGCUCCUAACAGGGUUAGCAGGAAAAAUUAGAGGUUAUGCUAGUAGUAAUUCAUCAAAACCAAAACAAUGGCAAAUAGCUUGUAACCCAUUUAUAGACUUAGGAAAGUACCAAAUCGUAAGCUUGGGGGGUUUAUCAGGCGAUCAGUGCUCGACACACGGAAAAAGGCGAAGAUCCCCCAAUUAUUCCGAUAAAGAGACUCGCACCCUCUACAGCCUGGCCCUGGCCCAUCUGGAAAUAAUUGAGAACAAGAAAGUGGACGCAGAGACCUGCCGACGAAAGGAUUUAGUAUGGAACAUCGUAGCUGAAAAUUACAAUAAGUGCUUCGGUGAAAAUAAACGAACAGUUGAUCAGCUUAGGCAUAAGUACGACAGUAUCAAGAAGCUUGCCAGAAGGAAGCGGCUCAAAAACCUGGAAGAACUAAAGGAGGGCAAAGUGGCACCGAACGUCACAGAACUGGAAGAUUACGAAAAGGAAUUGCUUGGAUUGCUGGAAAAUCAGGUCGUCAAUACCAGCCAAUCGCUGAGUUUCAUUGUUUUAUCUGAAUCCGAAGACGAUUCAGAAUCCAAAAUUGAAACCACCGACGAUAUCAAGACUGAAUAUAACACAAACAUUGACAGCCCAGAACAUCCUGUAGAGGAAGGUUCUGUGAUUCACGGCUCUGAGGAAUUGACUGACGAGCAUUUUGUCAUAACUGAUGAAGAUGCGAUUUGGGACCUACCGAGUGAUCCCUCGAACAGGCCUCAAUUGAACUUAAUGAAAAAACAGUUGGAAAUGCUAGAAAGACAAGAGCAGAGGCAAAUAGCUGAGCACCGGCGCAAAAUGCAAACGGACAGGAUCAAAAGAAGAUUUUUCUUAAAUCAGGAGAAAAGAGCCAAGAUACUGCACGAAAAAGAAAUGUCUCUUUUAAAUCUGGAAAUAGCGACGCGUAGAAAAAUUUCGCAUUUAUAAUGUAAAUGAAGUCGGUUGUUUGAA